AGUAGUCUCUUUUACUCUCAGUUUGUGUCAGACUAUCGUGUGAGGAAGAUGCUCCCGUUUAUCGUCGAGGGAGGAGCAUCACCUCCGUAUUGUUUAACGGAUUUAAAUUCGUUAACAUUGAUAAAACAACCACAAUCAAAACUAUCAAUAUCACUUGAGCAACUGAAACAACAACGACACCAACGACUAUUUAAAUUUUCAAUUAAUCGUUAUUAUAAUUGUGAUUAUAAAAUUAAAAAAAAUAUUAUCAAACCCACUAAUUUAAUUAAUGUAAUCAUGUGUGGAAUCUUUUUAAUGGUGACGGUGAUCCUUGUGCCUGGAAUUUCAGCAGCAGCAGCGGCAGCAGCACCGGAAAAGAUUCCCAUAGGAGCAAUAUUUGAACAGGGGACUGAUGAAGUGCAGUCUGCAUUUAAAUACGCAAUAGCUAUUCACAAUCAGAAUAAUACGACUCGUCGCUUUGAUCUUCAAGCUUACGUUGAUGUAAUCAAUACUGCUGAUGCUUUCAAGCUUUCACGAUUGAUUUGCAAUCAAUUCAGUCGGGGUGUAUUUUCAAUGCUGGGUGCCGUCAGUCCGGAUUCAUUUGACACCCUUCAUUCCUACAGUAACACUUUUCAAAUGCCUUUUGUCACACCAUGGUUUCCUGAAAAGGUCCUGACACCGUCUUCGGGUUUCCUUGACUUUGCCAUAAGCAUGCGCCCGGAUUACCAUCGCGCCAUCAUCGACACGGUGCGACACUACGGAUGGAGGAAAAUCAUCUACCUCUACGACUCCCACGACGGUUUACUGAGACUCCAGCAAAUAUACCAGGGAUUACGUCCUGGAAAUGAAUCCUUUCAAGUGGAAACAGUCAAAAGGAUACAAAAUAUGUCUGAUGCAAUAGACUUUCUACGAAAUUUAGAAGAAUUGAAUCGAUGGAGCUACAAGUACAUUGUGCUUGACUGCCCGACAGACAUGGCCAAGGAUAUUGUUGUCAGUCAUGUUAGGGAUAUUGCUCUCGGUAAAAGAACUUAUCACUAUCUACUAAGCGGAUUGAUAAUGGACGAUCGUUGGGAAAGUGAAGUAAUUGAAUAUGGCGCCAUUAAUAUAACUGGGUUUCGUAUAGUAGACGCAAGUCGACGACCCGUCAAAGACUUCCUUGAUAGCUGGCGCCGUCUCGAUCCUAUGACCUUACCUGGUGCUGGUCGUGAUUCAAUUUCCGCACAAGCAGCGCUGAUGUACGAUGCAGUUUUGGUACUAGUCGAAGCGUUCAAUAAAUUUUUAAAGAAAAAAAUAGAUCGAAGCAACCCAAAGCGUCCUGGAGUACAGGGCAACAAUCAGCCAUCAAAUGUUUCGAGGCCGUUGGAUUGCAACACAAAUAAUGGUUGGGUUACGCCGUGGGAGCACGGAGACAAAAUAUCAAAAUUUCUUCGUAAAGCUGAAAUUGAAGGACUUACAGGACAAAUACGAUUUAAUAAUGACAGCCGCAGACAUAAUUACACUCUCCAUGUUGUUGAGAUGACUGUCAACAGUGCGAUGGUCAAGGUCGCCGAGUGGACUGAUGAGGGAGGAUUCCAACCGAUAGCCGCGAAAUAUGUCCGUCUACCGACUCAAGAGAUUGAAAAAAAUAAAACGUAUAUUGUGACAACAAUAGUGGAGGAGCCGUACAUUAUGUAUAAGAAAACAGAUCCAGGGAAAAUGCUGAUGGGAAAUGAUAGAUUCGAAGGCUACUGUAAGGAUUUGGCGGAAUUAAUUACUGCGGAACUUGGGAUAAAGUAUGAAUUGAGAAUCGUUCAAGAUGGAAAAUAUGGUUCUGAAAAUCCGGACAUACCAGGUGGUUGGGAUGGAAUGGUCGGCGAGCUUAUAAGAAAGGAAGCGGACAUAGCAAUUGCGCCAAUGACAAUUACGUCUGAACGUGAACGUGUAAUAGAUUUUAGUAAACCAUUCAUGUCACUUGGCAUUAGUAUAAUGAUUAAAAAACCGAUAAAACAAAAACCUGGGGUUUUUAGUUUUUUAAAUCCACUCAGCAAAGAGAUUUGGGUCUGCGUUAUUUUUUCAUACAUCGGAGUCUCUAUUGUGCUCUUCAUCGUUUCCCGAUUUUCGCCGUAUGAAUGGCGAUUGAUACAAUUAAAUUCUGGUGGAGAUCCAUCGCUUAUGGGCAGAGGUGACCCGAAUCUACAGCAUCCUCAUCCAACGCAAACGUCACUUCAUUCGCAAAAUCCGUGUAUGGCCAAUGACUUCAGUAUUCUCAACAGCAUGUGGUUUUCUUUGGGUGCUUUUAUGCAACAAGGCUGCGAUAUUUCUCCAAGAUCAAUGUCCGGUCGUAUUGUUGGCUGCGUCUGGUGGUUCUUUACAUUGAUUUUAAUAUCAUCGUACACUGCUAACUUGGCAGCCUUUUUAACUGUCGAAAGAAUGGUAACACCUAUUAAUUCACCAGAAGAUUUAGCUGCACAAACUGAAGUACAGUAUGGUACCUUACAAUAUGGAUCUACAUGGGAUUUUUUUCGCAAAUCACAAAUAAGUUUGUACAGUAAAAUGUGGGAAUAUAUGAACACACGUAAGCAUGUAUUUGUUGAUACAUAUGACGAGGGAAUAAGAAGAGUGAGACAGAGUAAAGGAAAAUAUGCAUUAUUAAUAGAAAGUCCUAAAAACGAUUAUAUAAAUGAACGCGAGCCUUGUGAUACUAUGAAAGUUGGUCGAAAUCUUGACGCAAAAGGGUUUGGUGUCGCCACACCUAUUGGUUCACCUUUGAGAGAUAAAAUAAAUUUGGCAGUACUGUCGUUGAUUGAGAGCGGCGAGCUGGCUAAAUUAAUGAACAAAUGGUGGUUUGAUAGAACAGAGUGUCGUCAUGGAGAUAAACAAGACGCACGAAAUGAACUAUCGCUAAGUAAUGUUGCUGGUAUAUUUUAUAUACUUAUUGGUGGAUUAUUGUUAGCACUUGCUGUUGCACUUGUUGAAUUUUGUUAUAAAUCACACACUGAAGCUACUAGAGCCAAGAUUUCAUUAUCAGACGCGAUGAAAGCUAAAGCACGAUUGACAAUUGGAGGUGGUCGCGACUUCGACAAUGGCCGGUGGUACGGACUGCAGAGUUAGACGGAGGAUGCAUGCGCCUUUUCCGGGACCAUAUUAUUACGCCCCGGCGAACGCGAUUGGGAACACAGAGGGCGAUCAGGUGCACAGCAAUACUCACACACAAGUGUAAGCCCCUGGUACACAGCACCAGCGGGAAGCAGUGACGAAACGUCGGAUCCAUCGCCGUCGAUAUCGUUACCGACACCGCCACCGCCCCCGAAGGCAGCAGCGCCACCGCCGCCUCCGCCUCCACCGCCUCGGCCUACUCGGCGGAGUGUAACAUUUGCUGAAUCGCCGCCAAAAAGCCCGAGGAGUCCCAAGAGCCCAAAAAGUCCGUGGGUAUUUCGUCGUAGAUCAACAAUUAAGUCACUCAACGUUGCGGUUCCGUGGACACCCGCGACUCCCAGUCACUGGGACAAUCGCAAAGCCGAGUAUGUCACGUAAAUACUUGAAUUCAAUUAUUAAAUAUAAAUAUAUAACCAAUAAAAAUUAAUAAUCAUUUCAAGAUAUUUACGACCAGUGACUUUAUUUAUUGUUUUAUUAUUUCUCAAUGUUAUUAUUCACUUUUUUAUUUUUAUUUUUCUUGUUUUUAAAUAUGAAAAUGACAAAAUAUUAUUUAUUGGUACACUGAAGCUUAAAUAAUAAAUGAAAUUUUCAAUUAAAUAUUUAUAUAAAAUUGUAUAUAAUGUUAAUUAUAUAUAUAAAUUACGUUUGUUACAAAUGACAUUGAGAAUUAAUAAACAAUAUCAUGUUAAUAUAAUGUAAAUAAAUAACACGCAGAUCAAAUAAUAAUCAAAAAAUUAAUUUUAAACAAAACAGAGCAGUUAGAAAAAAAAAUAAUAAUAUUUACAGUAUGGUCUUGGAAUGGGUUCAUGUAAAACACUUAAAUUUUUAAUAAAAACUGCCAAAUGCAUACAA